AUGGCUGAUGGAUUCCUUGAAGUGUUCCAUUAUAGCCCCAGUGGACACUCCUCCUUUACACUGUUUGACUGCUCCAGUUUUGGACACUACAGGAAGAAUACGAUGCAUUUUCUGACAAUUUGCUGGUCGUGGAAUAGCAGAAAUGGAUGCCUGUAUGUCCAUGAGGCCAGUGCACAUGUGCCAGGCAGUACUUGUGGUACUGGAAGUUGGGUGUUGUGUUGCAUGUAUGAAAUGGAUGUCGUCUUCAAUCAGCACGAUAUGAAUUUUUUUCUACAUAUAACAGCCAAAAGAUUAUGUUAAUUCCAGUGGUGUUUGAUCCAUGUUGGCGAUGUCACUCAAAUUCCAAGGACCAAUCGCACCGUCUUGUUUACCAGCUAGAUCUUGCUUCAUUUUAAUUGCCAUUCCGCGAAUAUAUCUGUGAAACUGCUGGAUGUUUAUUUGCAGGGUUUCUGGAUGGCUCUGGGCAACACUGGUUCACCUUCAAAGAGAUAUAUCAAAACGGGCUUUAAAUCGAACAAGCCAAUGGUCAGACAUUUUAAAGUCCGCAUCAGGAUAUCUUUCUUUCAUUAUUUCCUUGCAUCUGCUCCUGAACCACAACUCUUUGACUUUGAUGCCUUUACUUCGUAAUUCCUUGAACUCAUUGUGGAGCUGCUUCUCCAUUUCCGGUUAAGAAGCCUGUUUAGGGAAUGCAUCCAAAUAUCGGUAGGGAACCCGAUCAUGGGAAACGGACCCCAUUAAUUUUCGGAUUGAUCGGAAUCGGUACCGAUCUAUAGGCACCAGUUGCCGUUUCCGAUUACGAUAAAAACUUUGCCGAUUCAAUCGGAGCUGGUUGACAUUCCGAUGUUCAUAUGUGUCAUCGUCAUAUUAUUUUAUCUGAUAUGUAAAAUGAAGCGUGUCACGAACCAAAUAAUGAAAGAGUCGUUUCACUCCAAAAUAAUUUCAAUCGUCUGUACCUUUUUCCUACUCCAUCACAAAUAGCAAUAUUGUAUGUUCCUGCGUGUUUCGAGUUUGUUGAUUUGAUGCUUGCCUAUACACGUGAUUUUCGGCAUUUUGCAGACGUAUUUCCUUUAGUCGAUCCCGAACACCACGCUGCUCCAUAACAUUUAUUCUAUGAAAAUUAAAGGACUUAAAUAUUACGAAGCAAAACACCAAUGUUCUUCGUUGAUAUAUAGCAAACAAAACACCUUACUGAGUAGUGUGUUCUUUACUCGAUACUUUCUAACAAUGCAAUCCAAAAACACAACAGGAAGUCACUUUUCCGAAACGCAACUGGAUUCAUAGACUUGUUACAAGUAGACCUCAACGGGUUUCCUAGCGAGUGGAGCGAGAGCAAAACCAUGGAUAAUAUAAUACCACGGGAUAAACUUUUACGAAAAUUUGCGUCUUUCAUUCAACGAUCCUAAACGCAAGGUGUAAUGCGAUCUGAGGCAAAAAAUACUGACCAAUUAGAUUGCGGCCUUAGAUUGUCUCUAGGGAAUUAGCAACAAGAACUGAAAGAUUCCCACACUCACGAGUCACGGAAGACACGGAACGAAGUUUCAUACAGGAGCUACCAAAGAGAGAAUGGCUUAGCGACUUUGCUGUAUGUUCUGUGAGCUUGAGCAUGGUGCCACGUGAAAUUGCUUUCCACUCCCAGCACUUAGAAAAAUUUGCACUUGACUCUAGGUGGCUGACUUUUUGACAAAAAUCAGAACCUUUUUUACCGGAGUGUUCAACUAAAGCAAACUGUGCAUACAUCCGGUAAGUUUGACUCAAUUUAAUAGCAGAAAGAGAAUCGAGAAAGAGAAAACCAGUUGAACGCCUCCAUCAGUCACUUUUUUGAGUUCAUAUGCAACCAAUAAACAAGUUGCAGCCUGAUUCUCAGAUGGUGUCCUCUUCUCUCCUGUGGCAGUUUAGCAGUUAAAGUACACAACGUGGUAACAACAUUUGCAUUUUGGUCGUGGAUGUUCUGACUUCUAUUUUUUUCGUUUACAGUCCUAAACUGUUUAUUCCUCCAAAGAUUCCUAUAAUCAUGCGUUUUGGGUUCCGGUUAGCACAGGCUCAAGCUAUUUUAAAACUAUUAUUUUGAGAUCGUACACUUGCAAUGUACAUUGCGCCGUCUUUCACUCAAAAGAUGCUCUUCAACGUUGUUGAAUGACCUGCAGUUUCUUCUCGUGCCCAUUUUGAUACACAAAUUUAAUAUUUUCUGGUCAUACUCUGUCAUAGGAAAUACAAACAAAUGUUCGAAACUGUGACGUUAAAUUUCGGUUCCAACAAGACACAUUUGUAAGAAAGAUAAGGUUAUAAAAAACAUUCACGCUUUUGCUUUUGCUUUUGCUUUUGUGACGGGUUAUUUGAGCUGCCAGAUAUUUUUGAUGACCUUUGUUAAUUGGCCCGAUAAAGACUUGAGACCCGUUGCCGAUUCCGUUUCAUUCGGUGCCGAUAAAAUCGGGUCCGACCUUUAACGGAAUCGGAAAAAAUCGGUGCCCAAUUGAUCGGCAUCGGUGUGACCCGAUGCCGAUAUUUGGACGCGUUCCCUUACCUGCACCUGGCCUUCUGGACUUUUUUGGGUCAUGUCGUAGCUUUAGUUCUUGAGCAAUCCAAGGGUUGUAGGUGCUUGACUUCAGCUCAAUUUUAUAUCAUCCUUUGAACUGUCUGACUGCUUUGGCCUUGCUUUUAUACUUCUUAUACAAAUCAAUAAAUUCUAGCUUCUGUUGCGAAACCAUUGUUUUCUGCUGUGAAACUGUUACUUUAACCGUUUAACUUGUUCUGUCUUCUGACUGGAGGUCUGGCUGGCUUCAUUGGCUUCAGGGCUCUGUUUUGCUGGAAACAAGUGCAACCCCAGCGGCAGGCUAUCAGCCUCCUUGUCUAUUUCAGGCCUUCGUUGGCACAUCUGACGAACUCCUACCAAUUUCAUAGGACCGUUUGAGCUGUUUCAGUUGCACACAAGGUACACACAGAUACUUUGCAUUUGAUGCACUUGUACUUAGUGACCUGUUCACAAACUGAGCAUGUUUUCUCCAUUAUGGAAUUGUAGCAUGCGUAGCUGCGAAGUUUUUCUUGCACAAUUCUUGCCCCGGACCGAAGGUUAGCUGUGUGACUUGUGACUCGACAUGUAACAAACAACGAAACCUUGUGUACUUGUCAUGCAUGCGACGCAGCUGUAACAGUUGUAUACCCGUAUCUAAAUACAACUCUGAACUUUAUAUACUUUUAUGGCCAUUACAUUUAAGCAUUUCUGUACCAUCAAGUCACAUAUAAAAGGAGAUCAUGUAUAUAAAGCUGACCCACGGAUUAAUUCAAGUUGUGGUUGCUUUCACUGAGCCAGGAAAUGCUCACUUGGGGCGUGCCAUUAUCGUCAAGAUGAAAGAAAGUAGCACACAUCAUACAGCGGAGCAAACAGCAGGGCAAGUUCCCAAUUCGCUGGCUGAAAUUCUUUAUCAGCCUGUAGUUGAUGCCAAAAUCAUUAUCAAUUCUAAGAUCACUGAACAAUACAGGAGUGCUCCAGAAGGCACUUGGGUCCAAGGAGGAGGACUGGAGCUUCCUUGCUUGUAUGAAGUUUUCUUGAGAAGUAGUAGCCUUCCAGAUUUAAAAGCAUCAUUGAAAGAGUAA